AUGCACGACUGCUGCAAAAAGAUUUCUUUUUUACGUGAUAAGGCAUCACUACAUCAUGUAAUAUCCCGACGAACUAGUCGAGUAACGGAAGAGACUUUGCUGAGACUGGAAGAACGCUCAUCCCUGUCGUCAUCAGAUUAUUCUGGCCAAAUUAUACCAUUUAUUGAGCUUGGAACCAUUCAAGUGCACGAAAAGAUAGGAAAGGGCGCUUUUGGCGAAGUUUACUGUGGCUCUUGGGAGAAAACCGGUGAACGCACAGUUGCUAUAAAAGCUAUCGAAGCAGACGAAGAUGUGGAAAAAGAGAUUUACUCACAGGCAGCUGUUUUAUCUCGUCUUGAACAUCCAAAUAUUGUUCGUCUCUAUGGUGAUUUACGAUCAUAUUUGCGAGCACGAGCUCCAACUACAGCAAGUUAUUCGCAGUUCCCUCCAGCAUUGACAGAAAAUGAGCUCAAAGUGAUAGUGCGACAGGUAUGUUCUACUUUUUUUAUUUAUAUUGUUGUUUGA